UACAGUCUUCGUCACAGUAGUUGGACGCUGUUGUUAUUGUUGGGAACUUUUUUCCCCGAACGUCUGGGCCGUACUCUCACUACAAUCUCAAAACCCUAAUCGGCUCAGUUUGAGUCUCCGAAAACACGGUCAUAAUGGGUUCUGAAGGAUCCGCAGUUGUUGUACCCAGGAGUUUCAGAUUACUGGAAGAGCUUGAAAGAGGUGAAAAGGGAAUUGGUGAUGGAACUGUCAGCUACGGCAUGGAUGAUGCUGAUGAUAUAUACAUGCAGUCAUGGACAGGGACUAUUAUUGGGCCCCCUGGUACUGUUCAUGAAGGGCGUAUCUACCAGUUGAAAUUGUUCUGUGGCAAGGAUUAUCCAGACAAUCCACCAUCUGUAAGAUUUCAAACAAGGAUUAACAUGACUUGUGUCAACCAAGAAACUGGAGUGGUUGAGCCACAUUUAUUUCCCAUGCUGGCUAAUUGGCAGCGAGAGUAUACAAUGGAAGACGUUCUGGUGCAGUUGAAGAAAGAAAUGCUAUCUCCUCAAAAUCGGAAGCUAGCUCAGCCUCCUGAAGGUAACGAAGAUGGCAGGAUUGAUCAAAAGGGGCUGGUGCUCAAAUGUUGUAUCGUGUAAUUCGGGCGAGAAUCCAGGAAUAAAUGCAAUACUAAUAAUGUAAAUAGCCAUAUCCAAUAGAUAAUCUGAGUUCGCGGGGGAUGCAUUUAUAAAUGUAAUUACAAGCCAUUUGCCUAUGUAACUGGAAGCAAUUUGACGGAUUGUGACUAUCUUAUCCUUGAAUUUUCGUUGGAAGUUGGACUUUAAGACUACCGUAACUCCAUGCUUUGAUGUGGCAGCUUAAGACCCUUUUUAUAAUGUAGUCACACUCAUGGUGCGUGACCAAUUCAGCACCAAGUGUCUUGGUCAUGUGCGAUUUUUAUUUUUUAAUUCAUGUGAAUGGUGGUAUCGUUUGUUUAUCAGAAGUUAAGAUCAUUGGAUUACAUCUUA